AUGAACACUGUUUGCUUUUCUCUAGGUACCGACUUCAGUAUAGACAGCUUGCCCCUCCCUCGUAAAGAAUAUCAUGAUUGGGCCCUUUUCCAUGAAGAGUCACCAAAAAACAACUACAAACUCUUCCAUGAAGCAACCAUCACCUUAUUCAACCACACUGCAACAUUUAGCCGCCAUUCCCACCUGCCACUGACCACUCAGUACCUGGAGGGUGUAGAGGUCCUGAAGUCCUUGAGGUUCAUGAUCCCACUGCAGAUGAAAAACAUCCUGAGGAAGAGACUUGCACCACUUGUAUACGUGCAGUCUGACUGCGACCCCCCUUCUGAUCGGGACAGCUACGUGCGUGAGCUGAUGUGCCACAUCGAAGUAGACUCUUAUGGGGAAUGUCUGCAUAAUAAAGACCUUCCUCAGCAUCUCAGGAAUCCGUCUGCCAUGGAUGAUGGGAACUUUUUAAAGAUACUGGCACAGUACAAGUUCAUUCUUGCUUUUGAAAAUGCUAUCUGUGAAGAUUAUAUCACUGAAAAACUCUGGCGGCCGCUGAAGUUGGGAGUGGUACCAGUGUACUUUGGGUCUCCCAGCAUUGUAGACUGGCUUCCCAGUAACAGGAGUGCAAUCCUGGUAUCCAGCUUUUCACACCCUCGGGAGCUGGCCCACUAUAUCAAAACACUGGAUAGAAAUGAUGAAGAGUACGAGUCCUACCUACAAUGGAAACUGAAAGGGGACAUCUCCAACCCAAGACUGAUUACAGCAAUGAAGGAACGCAAGUGGGGAGUGCAGGAUGUCACCCAGGACAAUUACAUUGACACCUUUGAGUGCAUGGUGUGUAACAGAGUGUGGGAAAACAUCAGACGGAAAGAAAAGGGAUGGCUGCCCCGGAGGUGGGAGGCUCAGGUUAACCAUCUGAGCUGCCCCAAACCAGAGGCAUUCUGGUUCUCAUCCUCGAACCCUGGCUGGACUUCUCUCCAAAAGCUGUGGAUACCAAGCUUCGAGCAAUCCAAGAAAGAAGCCUCGGCGCUGAGGCACUUGGUGGAAAGGAACAGGAAUUUUACAGCUCAAGAAUUUUGGAUGCUUGUAUUCAAAGAAUAAACACAACUGACUGUAAAACAGAGUGAGCUCCUCA